ACUGGGGAACAGGAAAUUCCGAAACGCCGCCUGGCGUUACCACGCAGUACAAAUGGGAACCGGUCUUCGCCGGUGACGUCACAAUUGGAGCCCCUUGCGAACUGCCUAGCGCUCGGCCUGCUGUGGAACACACUCGCGACGGCCGCCCGCCCGGAACAGCUGAUUCAUCUACUUAGUCUGACCGGAUGCCUCAAUGCUGUUCCUCAGGACGUGUCGAGCUCUAGCACACACUGGCCUGCUCCAGACACACAGGCUUCCUCCUCCUAAGCGGCUGGUGCCCCUGUCUGCGUGUGCGGGUGCCCUGUGCACUCGGUGGGGCAGUGGCGGAGGGCAUGACUCUGGUCCUCGUGACCAUGGCCACCCUUCUGGCUGGAGGCACCUAUUGGCCGGGAUCUUGGCUGGGGGUGGAGCUGUUUUGGCCUACAGUCUGCUCGAAAGUCAGGCCCAACAGGCAGCUACUGAUGUCCAGGCCCCUGGGAAAAGUCCACCUCUGCCCAUCUACACACAGGAGGAGGUGGCCAAGCAUCAUUCCUCUGCCAAGGGGGUGUGGGUGACCUAUAAGGGGGGGGUGUAUGACAUCACCGAAUUUGUGUCCUUACACCCGGGGGGUGACAAGAUCCUGUUGGCGGCGGGAGGCGCACUGGAGCCCUUCUGGGCGUUGUACGCCGUCCACAACCAGGAGCACGUGCUGGAGAUGCUGUCCCAGUACAAGGUGGGAGAGCUGAGGGAGGAAGACCGCACGCUAGACAGCAGCUCCUUGGACCCCUAUGCCAAGGACCCCCCCAGGCACCCAGUGCUCAGAGUCAACAGCCAAAAGCCAUUCAAUGCUGAGCCUCCGACCGAGAUCCUGACAGAUAACUUCAUCACACCGUCUGCCUUCUUCUUCAAGAGGAACCACCUGCCCGUGCCACAGGUAGACCCCAGCACCUACCAACUGAAGAUUCAGGGGCUUCCUGGCGGCACCGUGUCGCUUUCGCUGGAGGAUCUGAAGUCGCGCUUCCCGAAGUACAUUGUGACGGCCACCCUGCAGUGCGCGGGAAACCGGCGCUCGGAAAUGAACCAGGUCAAGCAGGUCAAGGGGCUUAACUGGGGGAUAGCAGCCAUCAGCAACGCGACUUGGGCUGGCCCUCGGCUUCGGGAUGUGCUGCUGUACGCCGGCUACAAGUCUGGAGGGAAGGCCCAGCACGUGCAUUUCGAAGGGUUGGACAAGGAUGUCACGGGAACCUCCUACGGGGCAUCGAUACCUCUGGGGAAGGCAUUGAGUGAAGAGGGAGAUGUGAUCCUGGCCUAUGAGAUGAAUGGGGAGGACCUCCCAGCCGAUCACGGCUUUCCCGUACGGGUGGUGGUGCCAGGCAUUGUAGGGGCCCGCAACGUCAAGUGGCUGGACAAGAUCGUGUUGAGCGAGGUGGAAAGCAGCAGCCACUGGCAGCAGAAUGACUACAAGGGCUUCUCCCCCGGUACAGACUGGGACACAGUCGACUUCAAGUCAGCCCCGGCGAUCCAGGAGCUGCCGGUGCAGUCUGCCAUCACCUGGCCAGCAGAGGGCGCAGUCCUAGACCACAGCCUGGGGGAAGUGACUGUGAAGGGUUAUGCUUGGAGCGGGGGUGGAAGGGAGAUAGUCCGGGUGGACGUGUCCCUAGACGGUGGAAAAACCUGGCAGGUGGCUAAGCUGCAAGGCAGGGAGGGGGAGGCUUUGGACCUGUCGCCGCCACCUGGCAGGGCCUGGGCAUGGAAGUUGUGGGAGCUGAGUGCCCCUCUGCCCAGCGGCACCCAGGAACUGGAGAUUAUAUGCAAGGCAGUGGAUAGCAGCUACAAUGUGCAGCCGGACUCCAUGGCACCAAUAUGGAACCUGCGUGGCGUUCUGAGUAAUGCUUGGCAUCGGGUGAAGGUGAAGAUCAGCGAGCACUAGAGCUGUUGGCACCCAGCCAGAAUGUUAAAGGUCUUUGGGAAGCAGGUCUGUGAUUCCAUCCAUAUACGAUCCAAAUGCCAGUCGCAUAGAAGCAGAAAGAACAUGUUGGACCCUGGGUAAUCGCAGGGAAACCCGCCAUUUCUGCUUAAAGGUGAUUAAAGAUUUAGAGACACCGAUCUGCCUAAAGUUCUCAAUAAUCUUCGUUCCACUGCAUAUGUAUUGCUUGUUUAGAGUUAAUAGUCAUCCAAAAACCUAUGUUAUAGACUGAUACAGAUGGUUGUGCUGUUCCAGUUUUGUUGCUGAGCUGUUUGCCCAUCUACUUGGUGCCUCUCAAAGAUGUUUUGUCUAUUGACACAGCUUAGGGAUUGGGAAUCCGGUUCACAUUGAUACAAUACCGGUUCUGCACGUUAAAAUGAUUAGUGUGUGUGAUAGCUCCUCACUAUGAUAACACACAAAAUGAGCAGUGUCUUAAAAUGUACAGAUGUAUUUUAGAAUGCCUGAUGCAGGGAGUCACAUAUAAGCCUUAUUCCACUUUGAACACUGAUGCUCAGUGUGUGACUCCUUCAUGCUUCGAACGAAUCAAUCCGUUAUAUUAGUGUUUCUCAACCUAGUCCUCAGGCAGCCCCGAGGAGCUACAGUCCACAUUUCAAGUCAAAGUCUUUAUUGUCAGUUCUGCCAUAUGUACAGGACAUAAGGAUUGAAAUUACAUUACUCUCAGUCCCCACGGUGACUGCAUUAACGGCGACAAGUAAGACGGAUACAAGUAUUCAAGUAUAUUCAUGCAUGCAAAAAUAAAAUUCAACUAAAUUUUGCUUCCUCCCAGUACACCUGUACCAGGUAUCCCAUGUUCUUGAUUGGCUGGGAGCCAGGAGGGAGCAAAAGUGUGGAUUGUCUGGGGGUCCCCAAGGACUCAUGUUUUCAAAAUCUGUUUCGUUUACCCAGUACUAUCAAAUGGUCUUGCUUGAAGGGUGCUUUUGAAUCAUGCUUUUUGCAAGCCUUUUUUUAGGAAGACUGACGACUGAAAUUAUGAAGUAUAUUUCUAGAAAUGUUUACAGGAUUCAGAUGUCUAUGUAGAACUGCAGCAUAGAAUAAUAAGAUCACUAUUAAUAUAUUUAGUUAACUAACCAACUUCUUGGGAAAUAUUUGUAUUACUUGAUAUUGAAAUGAUUUUCUGUUAUUUUCUUUGGUACAAAGCUUCAAUCAAAUGCAAAGAAUCAUCACACAAAUAAUAUAUUUUGUUAAUUGUAAGAGAGGGGAACUGCAGACCUGAUGAGCACUUGAAAUUUUAAUUUGGAGUAAUAAAAUGUAAAAUGAA